AAGACAACUCAAACUCUCUCUCUCUCUCCCCCCCUCUCUCUCUACCUCUCUGUCACUACCCACACCAUUUCAUUCCCCACCGCCUUUCUCUCCAUUUAAUCCCCCCACACCCUCAAAUCACCUCACCACCUUUCAAACUUACAACCCAAAUCCUCCAGCUCUCUCGCCUUCUCCACCAUGAAAGCUAGGGUUUGCGAGCUCUGCGACCAAGAAGCUUCGCUCUACUGUCCCUCCGAUUCUGCCUUCCUCUGCUCCCGCUGCGACGCUAGGGUCCACCAGGCCAACUUCCUCGUCGCUCGCCACAUCCGCCAAUCUAUCUGCUACAAUUGCAAAGGUCUCGCCGGAAGUCGGGAUCUCCGGUCACUCUGCUCGUCAUGCGCGCCGGAUAAUUUUUCUGGUCAUGGCAGCGGCGACGGGGACACCCAGUCCUCAUCCUCGGCUUGUUCCGCCUGCGUCUCCAGCACUGAUUCCUUUGGCGGAACUGCGGCGACGAAGGCUGGGUUCGAUAACCGGAAAUCGGAGAGCUCCGUAACUCAGGUUUCCAGUAAGUUGUCGAAUAUUCCGGCAAGAUUCUCCGGCGCAAAGAGGAAGUGCGUACAGAGGGCGCGAGCGCGAACUUCGACGAGCGUGGAUGCAAAAGCGGAGGGUAGUUUCGUAAAUUGGUGCAGUAAGCUGGGGCUGAAUGGUAAUUAUACCGCGGCGGUGGUGUCGACGGCGUCGAAUGCGUUGGGAUUUUGCUUGGGGCGGUUGGCUGGCGUGCCCCUGAGAGUGUGCCUGGCGGCGUCGUUUUGGUUCGGAUUGAGAUUCUGCGGGGACAGGUCGGUGUCCACGCGUCAGAAUCUGAAACGGAUUGAGGAGUUGUCGGGAGUGCCGGCUAAGCUGAUCCUGGCCGUUGAAGCGAAGCUCGGGCGGGAGCUGAGAAUUAGGCGCGCACGGCGUGAUGAUCUAGAGGAGGGGUGGGCAGAGUGUUGAGUGUCAGCGUGUGAUGAAUUCAUCUCGCACGUGCGAGUGCAAUGUAGGAGUGUGAACUGAAGUGAUUUUAGUGAUUAAUUAGUCAACAACAGAAGAUUAGGGUUCAACUGAGGCAAAAAAAUUUAAAUUAACUUUGUAAGUUUUCGGUUUUUAGUUUUUGUUUUCGGGUAUUAUUUUUUUAAUUUUAAUUUUGCAAAAUCAUGGUCCAUGGAUGGUUCUUUUUCUGGUUGUUCUUUAUGAUCAUUGAAACAGUACAAAACUAGAAAUUAUUGAAAA